GUCUGUUGCACGCUCCACGAACAGAUAUCUCAAUAACUGAUUGUCACAGCAAGUGUGUCUUCGUCACUUGAGUUCAAAGAUCAUGAGAAUAUUCAUAUUAGCCACUAUGGUGGCCAUGGUGUGGGCCUCUUACAACGAGGAACACGGUAGUAGCACGUAUCACGAAACCUCGAAACCUGUGGAGAUACCGAUUUACAAGAAAUAUGCGAUACCAAUUCCGCAUCCGGUCGCAGUUCCAGUGCCUCAAGAAAUUAAGGUCCCGAUACCUCAGCCGUACGAGGUUCAGGUCGCAGUUCCACAUCCGGUUCCCGUGGAAGUGGUCAAACACAUCGAAAUACCAGUAGAAAAGCCAGAACCGUACAUCGUGGAGAAAAAGGUGCCGUACGUCGUCGAGAAACCCUAUCCAGUGACAGUGGAGAAGCAUUUUCCAGUGCCGAUUCCUAAACCAUAUCCAGUUCACGUACCAGUGUACAAGCAUGUUUUCCACCAUCAAAGCUCAGGACACGGCUGGAAACAUUAAUCGUCCGUAAUCCUGGACGAUUCUUUUCAGUAUCUUUAUGCCAAAAAUAGCGACAAGAUUAGACGAUAACAACGGUAGAUCGUAAGCGUUGUGAUGUCUGUACAUAGUUCGUUGUUGUACAUGUAAUGUUAUAUUUGUUUAAAUAAAUUGUUCUUUUUCGUACA